GCUACAAACAAUUUUAAACGGACUAGACUUCUGAAUUACUCGCUUUUUUCGCUCAUAUUUUGAUGUUUUUAGAGCCUUAAAUCGUGAGAUAGUAAAAGUCUACCCUCUUGAAUAUCUUUCCAACAUAUUAAUCCGACCUUCUGCUCGUAUUUCAAUGUUUUUCUUUAUUUACAGGAGGUGAAAUGAAUCUGUUUUUCUGAUUAUUUCCGCAUCUUCUCGGCUCGUCCUCCUCUUCAGUUCAGUGUUUUUGUUCAGGUGGAGACCGCAGUCAGUCAUCAGCUGAGGAAGAGGAAGAAGAAACGAGAGUGAGAGACCAUGUGACAUCAACUCUCAAAUACCAGGAACACAGAAACAAAGACACAGAGAGAGAGACAGAGGACCAAGACAGACAGACAGACAUGAAACCCACUCAUCCAGGUAAGUUUGACUCUUUUUAUCCAACAGUUUACAGUUUUUAUUGAAGUAUUUUGAACAUAACGCAACAUUUAUGAAAGAUUUACUCAGAUUUCCAUUUUAAUUUGCUUUUACUUUCGUUUCUGUUUCGACUUUCUUUGUGUUCAGGCUGCAGGUGAAAGUGAACCGAAUAAAUUCUGUUUUUUAGAGAGUUUAUAAAACUUUUCUACCAAAGGAAACCCUUCAACACAGUUAGUGUGUCUGCUUAUGUUUGUAGUAUUUCCUGGAGGAGUAUUAGAGCUCACAGACUAAAGGACAUUUUAGUUGGAUUAAGUCCAAAUAAGUUAAAAGUUAACAGAGUUUUAGAUCCUCCUGAUUAAGUAUUAAAGAGUUUUCUUUUCCUUAUUAAAUGAGUUUUAUACCUCAGUUUGUUAAGUAUGUUAGAUUAAAGAUACUCGUCUGAUAGUUUUAAAAACAUUAGUAAGGCUAGAAAAUUCCUCUUAUAGAUCACCAAACCUCGAAACACAAAUCUGUUCAUUUAAAGAGGUUAUUUUGAAGCUGUUUGGAGUUUAUGUCUCUCAGUUUAUCCUCACACACACACACACACACACACACACACACACACACACACACACACACACAGCAUAAAGAAACUUAAUGAAGCGUGAGUUAAAAACAAAGUUCAGCAUCUCGACCUAAUCGAAUAUUUACACAACCUCCUCAGACCUGCUGAAUGUGUCAGAAAAACACUGACUGUCUGAUCUUAAAACUGAUUUAUUUGAUGAAUCUUUGAUGUUUUCUUCCAGACUAAAACUUGACUUUGUUUUUGCUUUUAUCGUGUGAUAAACUUUUUCUAAUCCUAAAUUAACGCUCAGAAAAACCUGUUUCCUCCAAAGUUUCCUGUGGAGUAAAUCAGCAUGUUUGCUGCUAAAUAAAAACUCUCUUUUGGAGUUUCUGAUUCAGCUGUUCUUCACAAACUUAUUAAAUAGUCAUUGUGUGGUGCUCUUGGUGUUACUUAGACAUAAAUAGUGACGGUUUUAUGCAUCAAAAGUUUCUGUUGUUUUACUUUCUGCCUCUUGAGAGUUGUGUUGGUGAAGACUUUGUUGAUAUAAAGUUUGAUCCUCCUCACCUGCUCUUUAAACCUCUUUAAUAAAAUGCUGCUCUUCUCUCCCGUCAGCAUUUUUGUCGCUCUUGACCUGCUGUCAAAUUAAUCACCUGAUCACACGAUAUCUGAUGACAAUGAGGCGCUGACUUAUUUAUUGCCAAAUCGUUGGUUUCAGUUCUGGUCUUGUGACAGCAGCAGCAGCUGUGUCGUAUCGAGUUCAUAACUUUGUAUAUUUCAGGAAGUGAAGCUGAUCCACACCAGAGAUCUGUAACACCCCCACAUACAGUCAAAGCUGAGAGACAAAGAGCUUCAAAAUAAAACCUCAAAUAAAACCAGAGAGCCUGUAAAUAAAUCAUGUUUGUAUUCAGUGGUGAAUCUUCUUCCAGUGUAAGAAGUGUAACCUCACUUCUUAACCACCAUCCCUCACAGAGUUACACAAGUGCUUUAGGUUACCCAAACACAAACCCCAAAAUAUCCGACAGACGUACAAAAUAUCAGCUGAAACAGAGAGCGAGAACGAAAAAUACUUAUGAUGUUAGGAAGUAAACGUUCAACCCACAAAUGAAGUUUAGGAGCAUGAGGAAGUUCCUGCUUCAACUCAGUUAGAUGUUGUUCUGCAGAGGUCAAACUAUCAGACAGCCACAGGUGGAAGGGAGGAGGAGGAGGAGGAGGAGGCAGGUGUGGGUAUUUUCAUGUGUGCCUGAAAAGCAAAGGGACAGAACGAGCUCCAGGAGAGAGACUGUGGUGAUCGUGAACUCUCAAAGGGAUAUUCCGGCUUUAGCAAAGAGAUUAAACACAACUCACCUACUCUCUUCCAGCAGCCACUUGUUUGCAACAAGACCUUGGGCCAGUCCAUUACGGACUACAGCGGGGUGACGCAGCUCAAGGAAGAACAUUUAUGAUCAUUUCUUCAUGGAAAUAAAAUCAGACCGAGACGCUAAAGCAGAAGAACUACCGCGUCUGUAAAAUGAUUAAUAUGAUGUUUAUUACUUCAAGGAAAUGAUUAAGAAAUGAUCAUAAAUGUUCUUCCUUGAGCUGCGGCACCCCGCUGUAAUCCAUAAUGGACUGGCCUGAGGUCUCGCUACAAACAAGCAGCUGCUGGAAGAGAGUAGGUGAGUUGUGUUUGCUCUUUUUUUCCGUCUUUGACUCGAGCUGCUCUCGCACAAACACACCAAAGUCUCAUGAACUUUAAACUUCGUAGGUGUGAAAUGUAAAGUUCGACUUUGUUGAUGUGUUUUUGUCGACUUCUUACCUCACUGGUGGACAGACAUUUGAAGCAACACAUACCUGCAACCAACCGCCUGUAAACCACUUCCUGUUCAUGCAGCAGCCCCGUCUUUACGUUUCCUGUCUGAGUCAGGACUCUUUUUUUUUUUUCUGAUGAUGUUUUUAAAUGUUAAAAUUUCUCGACCCUCUUUUUAAAGGCGGAGCUGCUCUGGAUUAAAUUUGAGCGGACUCUGAUUUGUGACUCAGAUUGUUUUUCUCGUCUCAUCUAAGAUCAGCUGAUUUCCUGUCCUCUCUGUUGUGUGUCUGUGUCUUUACAGGCCUGAUGCUGGGGAGCCUGCUGCUCGUCUCUCUCUGUGCUGGAGCGGCGUCCACGUUUGACAGCAGGCUGGACCUCCACUGGGAUCUGUGGAAGAAGACGCACGAGAAAAAGUACCAAAGCGAGGUAAAAGAGUGGAAAUAAACCCGCCGUAAAAGUUUUCCUUAAUUCUUCCACGGCAGGAAAUCCAUCCAUACAUGAGAGUUGAGUUUUACCGUCUCUGACCUCACGCUCUUUCCUGUACGCGUUUUUCUCGAGGUGGAAGAUGUGCGCCGCAGGGAAUUGUGGGAGAAGAACCUCAUGCUCAUUACCAUGCACAACCUGGAGGCCUCGAUGGGGCUCCACACCUACGAUCUGAGCAUGAACCACAUGGGAGACAUGGUGAGAAACUCCUUCACUCUGCUCUUAACACGGAGGAGAGCCGCUAUCGAUUCAUGAUUAUCACCUUUAUUCAUUAAUCACUCGGCACUUAUGAUCAUGGGAGGUCAGGAAAACAGCGAACAGGAACAGAACGACGACUUUGAACUUUGAAGCUCUGCAGCUAAUCGUUAUAAUAGAGUAUGGUGGAGUUUUAUUUAUACGCCGCAGUAUUGACAGGACUGGACUCCCGGGAGGACCCACAGACUCCGGGUUUCCAGUGAUUUAAUUAGAUGCAGUUUUGUUUGGAUAUUUGAAACAUGAAGAUGUAGUAUUCAGAUAAAUAUAUAUGACUCUAAGACUGACAGGGAGUAGUCACUCCAGCACCGAGAUGUGUUUCAGUACAGGAGGGACACGGCGGGAAAGAAUUAAAGUCUGUGAGAUCUUCUCAAAGUUUAUCAGGAGAAACCUUCUUUUUUUUUUUCUUUUGGUGUCCCCCAGGGGGCGCCACAAGCUUUAGACCUCUGAUAACUGAGUUUGAGAGAGCGCACCUUAUCUCUGUUUCAUGUGCACGCAUGGAAAGCCAAGGCGAGGAGAGCAGCAGCAGAAGAAAGCAGGCGGCGCGGGUCCAAACUCAGGCUGCACGAUACUGGGAAAAACCAACAAUGCAGUUUUUUUUAACCCUGCGAUAUUAAAGUUCAGACAGAAAUUCUCCCGCCUGUAAUCAGUCUUUAUUUUAGCCCAAAUCUAGAUGAUAGAAUUUAAUCCAUUGAUUAUUAAAUAUUUAAUAAAAACUAAUUGUAAGUUGUAUAAAUGAUGGACAAAUGUUGGAUUAAAACAUUUUUAACAGUCAUUGAUCAGUGUACGGUGUAGUUUAGUCUAUAAGACAGCUAAGAAACGUUAAUUUUUAGACCAGUGGUAGACCGAUUUCAGCCCAGACGUCUAUCAAACGUCUUUUAAAUGUUAAAAUUCUCGGUGGGGUCCCAGAGUUUGCAGCUGUUGCUAUGGUUACCCAUCUCAAACUCUUGCCGCAGAGCAUUAAUUUAGAGCCAUGAAUGAUUAUUUGACUGGAACUACUUGAAAAGUUAAUUAAGACCCUCCAGCCAAUCAGAGCUGAGUAUUCUCCAAGGUCAUAAUCUGUGUGAAAGGUUACGAGUGAAUCUCUGAGGCGUCAGUGUUUUCAGCUCAGCUGUUUUUCAGCCUGUGCAGCACAAACAUGUAAAACCUGGAUCAGUUUCUGGUACGUCCUAAAUCCAGGGACUGUUUUUGGAGCUUCAGAGAGAAAAAACAGCUGACUGCCACCGCUGAGAGUGAAGCAAGGUGAAAGUACGGCUGAAACUCGCUGAACAGGUUAGGAAAGCUGAGAGGAGCUGCAGAGUGAAGAGAUAAAUCUGAAUAAACAAGUCGAACACCAGCACAGGUUAGAUGUCUGAGAUGUUUGUAAAAGAUUUGCAGAGUCUAAGAUUGUUAAAGAGUAAAUUCAGCUGCUGCUCUGACUCUUCUUGAGAAACUCUAGUUUUCGGAGAACUUGUCUGGGAUAAUGAGAUGCUCUGAGCUUUAAGAGGAUGAACUCCACAUAUGAAGUGAAGAGCCCACAGUCUACUCAGCCGCUAACCUAAUGGAUGUCUGCAGGACUCGGACUGCAAACCGGAAUAUAAACGAAGCGCCGCUCGCUUUGCAUCCCUUAACCCACCUCCCCUCAGUCUGCGCUGGAAACGAUUUUGAAACAUCCGAACUGAAUUUGAAUCCAGAUUAUCGAUCUCUAAUUAAGGCCAGACAGAAACACGGUGGAGUUUUGGGAACUUAAGUGGAAAUGAAUAAAGUUUGAAGUCGGUAAAACGGCUCAGAGGGCAGAGAGCUGAUCCGAAAUAAGACGAAAACAAAGUCAAACAUCUUCAUCUGCUGCAGGUCAGUAUUAUUCUUUUAUGAAGGCACUGAAGUCUUUUCUGGGGCAAUAGAAAGUUUAUUAAAGUCUCACAUACACUCCCUCAUUAAUGAAACAAUAAACUGUGAGCAGCAGCUUCUUUCUAACGAGUCGCUCUUUUAGAAAGUUGCAGGUCGAAAGGUCAAUGAUGAACUCUGGACACUUUUUAAAGCAUCAGAAAAUCAGAGAAUAAAUUACAGGCUGUUGAUUCAGACCAGGGCGGCACAGUGGUGUAGUGGUUAGCACUGUUGCAAGAAGGUUCUGGGUUCGAACCCGGGUCAGGGGGUUUCUGUGUGGUUUACCUCAGGUACUCUUGUUUCCUCCAACAUCCCAAAAACAUGCAGAAGAAGGUUAGAGGUUUAUUGGUUACACCGUAGAUGUGAGUGUGGAUGGUUGGUUGUCUCUGAUUCGUCCCAAAUAUCAAAUGUUCCACUUUUUCACAAGCUACCUGAGGACUUUUUUAGGCUGGAAAAUAUUUUUUUUAACAACAUAAACAUCUUUUUUUUCUCGUUUGAAAUCAAUCAGGUGAGCUGAGAGGAAGGAAAGAAAAACAAAAACUCAAAAUUAUGAAGUGGUAUUGUCUCGUUUCUAACAUUAAUACCAUGUUUGACGGAGAAUAACCACAUCAACUUGACUGAAAGAAACAUCUUAAUUGAAUAUUUUACAAGAAAGAAAUUAACUCUGAUCAAACCAGGUACUUGUAUUUUGAGGUUUAAAGGUGCUUUUCUCGUCUAAAAUGCUGAAUUAAACACAAAGAGUCUUUAGCCUGUUGGUUUUCUAAGGAAAGUUACUCGAUUAGAAGUAUUUUUUGACUUUUUCUGAAGUUUAAUUGACCUAAAAAGAAAGACAAUCUUUAGAGGAUAUGUAUUAUCCUGACUUGCUUGCAACUAGAAAUAACAAUAAACCUACAAGCCAAGACGUGGCUGAAACCGGCUUAACAUCGGAGUGACGCGUUCACGGGCCACUUGUCAAUAAAUAUUAGGCUAUACGGGUCUGCUGCAAGAAUAACCCACCGUGAGUUUAUUCACAACAUACCAAAGAUACCAAAAGAUACAGAUUCGUCCUUGACAGUGCAAAAAAAUAAUAAUAAUAAAUUGACGGUCAAAAACUUGCAUGCACACACACAUCUGCCUCUAAUCAGCGCUAUAUAAGUUAAAGAGACACCUACGCCUCACAUGCAGGUGGAACCACCUACUGGAAAAACAAUAAAACUGCAUAAACCCAAAAUCCAUUUACUGCAUGAGAAAUUUAAACACAAAUAUGGAAUAUGGCUCUACCAUACAGACUGUCUCUAACAGGAUCUUUAGGUUCAUUUAUACUUUUCGUGCUUGUUGUGCGAAACAUUAACGUCAAACUUUGUGAGACUUGUGUCCUGAAAGACUUUUACAUCCCUGUUUACAUGGACCGAAUCUUCAUCCCUCGUUCUCCUCCUCCUCCUCACAGACAGAAGAAGAGCUCCAGCAGCAGUUUGCCACGCUCACUCCCCCCACUGACAUCCAGAGGGCAGCCUCCCCCUUCGCUGGGGCGACCGGCGCUGACGCUCCCGACACCAUGGACUGGAGAGAGAGAGGCUGUGUGACCAAAGUCAAGAUGCAGGUGAGAAAACCCCUGAUUCUGUUUCCGUCUGUGACUCAGCGGAGGGAUAAUCAGAGCUGACGGGAACACGCUGUGAUCAGCUCUCUGCUGCUGUCAUCAUCACAUUAGUCACGUUUCCCACAAUCCUCCUGUUCCUUUUUCCCAAGAAUCGCUGCUGUUCGAACGAGGAAGUUGUUGCCAUGAGAGCAACAUUUUCUUACCACAUUCACAUUUGGCAGAGAAGGAAGGAAGUGUUCGGGUUGAGUCACACUGAGAUACUUUUAGUUUUCUUAGAGUUUCAUAAAGAGUAAGACGACUGUUUUGUGAAUUCAGUCUUGAAUAGACUCUCAUACCAGUAUCUUCAUAUUUUAAUCCUCACAACUUCUUACAAACUUAUAUGAUCAGAUCCAUAUUAAUGUUUUCAUCGCUUAUUAAGAUGAUUUCAGUUUUGCAGGUGAUAAAGCUGAAUUGUAAUAAAUCAAAUCCACACUUUAGCAGGCGUAGGUGCGCACCAAGGUGAAAAGCAGCAUUUCGGACAUUCUGUACAAACAGUAAAAAGUAGUGGACCCAGGACUUACCCAGGAUUUCCACCGCAUCCGGAACGGCUCCAAGCGGAACAGCAGCAAUUUUCGCCAUACGCCAAUUCCUACCGGAUCCAUUUCUGAGGCAAAUUACGUCGCAGAUUACAGACAGCAGGAAACGCGAGAACUAUAUACAACUACAUACAUCUACAUAGGAAAACCAUAUGGGGCCGUAUGCACGUUGCUUGGCAAAACGCGUUUAACUCCUAAACGCCAAAAAUGUCGGUAUGCACGUCACUUCGUAUAGCCGUUCCUAUACGGAUUUUCGCGUUUAAAGUUAUCGCACCUCUGGGGGUCCAAUAGCGGGUCUAAACGCGUUUAAAUACGGCGGCACUCUUGUUGUUCCAAGGAAGACAGCGGCGACAAUUGCGUCGAAACAGGAUUUUUCGUGACAGAAAACACCCCUUCGACACGUAUGACGACCACGAAGUGUUCCGUAAGUUUAGAUUUCGACGGCACCAUAUUCUCGACCUCACACAGGAGAUUUCCGCUGAAAUUGAACUUUCGAACCGAGGAUUCACCCUCACUCCACUACAACAAGUCCUCGUAACCUUACGGUACCACGCCACUUCUUCUUUCCAAGACGUGUGUGGGGAGUUGGUAGGAGUGGAUCAGUCGACAGUCAGUCGAACCGUCACUCGAGCGUCACUCGACCCGUUUAAGACACAGUAAACGCGGUUAGCUAUACGGUUCCGUUUACAGCAUUGAGCAUACCAAAAUCGUAUAGGAACUAAACGCGUUUAAGCCCUAAUCGCGUUUACGCUAAACGCUUUCAACGUGCAUACGGGCCCUGAGCAGUAGAUUGUGUCCUCUAUUCUAGACUUCUAGAAUCAGCAUCUCCUCAUCCAUGGUGUCAUCAGGGUGAAAUGACGUCUAAAAACCUUUCACUUGUUCGUCUCCGCCCGUUUGCAUGGUGUGAAAUACAUCCUCCUGAAACACGGAGUGUUUUAUUUUGAAAAGAAGCCGGAUGUUUUAUUUUGUGUCUGUGCCCGACUUCCUUUCCAGCACGGGUUAAUCUUUGCUGAAUUUAUCCGCCAUGCUCCGGCGUCCGGGAAAAAUAGAACUCUUGCGAUCCACAUAGGAACAGAAAGACGUCGGUGGAAAUUGACACUUUACCUUGAAUGGUUACGAUCAGCUACGAUCGAAGGAUACAACCUACUUGUAGCCAUUCCUAAUGCGGUGUAAAUUGGGGGUUAACCCUGUGGCACCCCUUCUAACUUGACAGCGUGAGUUCCAACAGUGAGCUAGUUGGGGAAACAUCCAGCAUUACAUUUAGAAAACCUGAUGACAUUAAGAUGUUUUAUAAAGGUUAGUAAACAAAGACCAACAGUGCUGCUCAUCAUUUAGAGUUUUGCGUGUAUUUCCAGCUGAGACAAGCUUAGGCUUUAAAUUUGGAUAUGUCCUUCAGGUAACCAUACAUGUCUGUAACAAGCUAAAGUUAGAAGCUGAGGGGAUGUCAUUUUCUAUCAUACAUGUUCAACUGUGUUUAAGAAGUCGUAGGAUCCAACUGUAAAUGACCGAUCUAUUUUUGACUCCAGGGUUCUUGUGGUUCCUGCUGGGCCUUCAGCGCCGCAGGGGCCUUGGAGGGCCAGUUAGCAAAGACCACAGGGAAGUUGGUGGACCUCAGCCCCCAAAACCUGGUGGACUGCUCCUCCAAGUAUGGAAACCGUGGCUGUAACGGAGGCUUCAUGCACCACGCCUUCCAAUACGUCAUCGACAACCAGGGUAUCGACUCUGAUGCUGCGUACCCGUACACAGGAUAUGUGAGUGUGUUUAAAACCUGCAGCUCUGAGGGGAAUCAGGGGGUUCAAUACAGCAGAUUAAAUAAAGGAAUAUCUAAUCUAUCUAAUCUAAUCUAAAUAAUGUAAACCUGGAUUAAAUAGAACACCAACUGAAGGUUUUUGUGCUUUAAAGUUUGGGUUUUCUUCAGGGGGGUUCAGUUUUGCUUCUCUGAGUCUGGUGAGGUGAUCAUCAGAGAUCAGGGACAGGUGUGUGUGUGUGUGUGUGUGUGUGUGUGUGUGUGUGUGUGUGUGUGUGUGUGUGUGUGUGUGUGUGUGUGUGUGUGUGUGUGUGCCUGAUUGCCCUGAAUUGGAGCAGGUGGGUGAAGCUUAUAUCUGCUCCCAGUACUGACUCAUCGUCUCACCGUCAGAGGUAGUGAGAGGUUGUGUGAAUGUUUCCUGUGUUUAAUGUCCAUAAAUUCUCAGUGGUUGUCUCUGGGCCCAGUUUUAUCACCCAGCUCUUUGUGUUUUAAGUUACCAGACCAUUUUACUUAUUUCCUUAUUAGGAGGUUUUCCUAUUUAGUGUCUGUUCAGCUGCUUGGCAGUGGUGGUUUUGUUUCUCGAGUUUCUGAGCUUUGUUUUUUGUUGAUCUUAGAGCAUGUACACACCAAUAUAAUAUCAACGAAUAUCCAACCCCCUCUGUUUUAUGAAGAAUUCACGUACACACAUCAAAACCGCAGAAGUGUGCUGUUGACCGCGGUUAUAAGGAUGACAGACCUGGGGUUGGUAGUAUUUGCCGAAAAGUUAGACCCGUUCUAUCCAAUCAGAGCAAGCUUCCCUUUCUCGUCGCCACUUCUCCAAACAUGAAACAAAGCGCUGUGUAGUUAGAUCGUGUGGACCGACAAAGAGGUGGAGUUGCUUCUAAGCAUCAUUUUGGAGUUUAAAGUCAACAAGACACAAGAAAGGUGGAGGAAGGGUUGGGGUGAGGGGUAACCCACUGCAAGAUAAGAUAUUCCUUUAUUAGUCCCACAGGGGGAAAUUCCCAAAAGCACUCCUUCUUUGCUCCUCACAUUUAUUCUGUAUGUAUCUGUGCCGUCCACUGCCUGACAUAAACAAGGGUCCAUAGUAUAUGACAUUUAUCUAUUAGCUGUUGCAGACACUGACGUUUGGGAACUCUGGUUAUCUGUGUCCACACGCAAACGCAAAACCGGAAUUUUCCAGAAGAAGAGUUUUAAUGACGUAUUCAUGCUGUAACCCUUAGUUUCUGUUCAGCUGCUCGGCAGUGGUGGUUUUGUUUCUCAUGUUUCUGAGCUUUGUGUUUUCUUGAUCGUAGUGGUUAUCCCCUGGGAUAACUUUCUUAACUUUUAAUCCUAAAAACUCUAAAAAAAAGGAGAAGUUAUUGUUCUCGGAAAGCCCCAGAAAACAGGAGGAGAUCAGAUUUUCUGUGUCGUUCUUCUAGUUUACAAGAAAUUUAAAUGUUGUAUUUAAGUGGAAACAUAUCGAAAUCCAGAGCAAACUCAUUUUACAGUUUAGAAAUUUCUGUAAGAGAGGAGAAUGUGGGAGUAAAGGAAAGUUAAGUCCGACCCUUUAGGCUGCAGACAGAAACACUCUCCUCACUCGUCUGUGCUCUGCUGUUAAUGUCUCUUUGGAGCAACAAUAAAUUAAUCGGAGCGGACAACGUGUUUGUCCUCCGGGCUUCGCUGUUGUUGGUGUUUGUGUGGAGGAGGAGGAGGAGGAGGAGGAGGAGGAGGGCAGGUUCGAGUUAGUCUGACAGACUUUCGCAGCCUCGCGGAGGUGUUGUGGCUCUAAUUUAACCAAAAAAACUGUGAUGUAAAAUAUCCUCUUAAUAAGCUCAGCGAGUCAUGCCUGUUCCUAAAACCCUCUCUCUGGCUCACCUUCUAAGAGCUCGAAUAUUAGGAAAUCAAACGUCUCUGAAAACGUCUCAAAGACUGAUGUCUGUGAAAUGAUUUUAUUCGGCGUUCCUGUUGCUCUGCGCUUUUGGGAACUCCAGCAAGUGUAUUUCUUGAGUAAAUCCAUCAUCUCUAAUCCAUAUUUGUCCUCUUGCUUCAGUCGCAGCAGUGCCGCUACAACCCAGUGUACCGCGCCGCCAACUGCUCCCGGUACAGCUUCUUGCCUGAGGGGGAUGAGGGCGCUCUGAAGGAGGGGCUCGCCACGAUUGGACCCAUUUCAGUAGCGAUUGAUGCCAAACGGCCCAAAUUUGCUUUCUACAGAAGUGGUUUGUUACUCAGGAUGUUUAGAAAAGAUUAACGGGCACUAAAGGAAAGGACACAGAUUCAUUCUGGUUGUAUCCGUGUCAUUUCAGGAGUUUACAACGACCAGAGCUGCACCCAGGAUGUGAACCACGGGGUCUUAGCAGUGGGUUACGGCACUCUGAACGGACAGGACUAUUGGCUGGUGAAGAACAGGUGAGACGUUUAAACCACAACAAAGUUCUGCAAAUCUCCAUCAACUUCAUGAACCUUUUCGUCACAUCGAGUUAAGCUUUUAAGUUUUUUUUCCACGAUGCAGAGUGUGCAAGGGAAGUAAAACUGCAGGAUCUCUGCGGGGAAAGUACACUGUGUCAACAAGCAGGCUGCUCCGUUCACUUCAGGGUUUACUGACUUUGCUGACACGAGUGUUGCGGUGGAUCAGACUUUAAAUUCUGCAAACAUCUGCCUCUGGAGCAGCUAAGCAUGUAGAGGCUGUCCAAAUGAAAUCUUGCGUGUUUAAUGGAGGAAAAGCUGUUUUAUCUCGCAAAGCUUCCUGCAUGAAAAACAAACAAUAUGCCUGUUUUCACCUGCUGACCUGAGCUGAUCUGUUCAGUUUUUAUUAACCUUUUUUUCACAGUUUGUGUCUUAAGAACAGUUUUCUUCUGUUAGUGAUAGAUGCAGAAGCAGGACACAAUGAUUGUUCGCAAAGAUACCCCCUUUCUACCGUGACUCGAGGCGCCGUAUUCCAUGUUACACUUGCGUAGAAUUUUACUUUGACAUGACUUUUUAUGAGUGCUACUGACCUGUUAAAAAGAAACGCGACACCCCACCGUACUUUCGCCACAGUCGCAGGACACAGGACACACUAAUAAGUGAUUAACUUGGGCCAUGUCUCUCGAGUUAAAUUAUUUUUUCCCCUAUGAAUAAAUGCACCAAAUAACACGCAGUGUGCACCUUUAACUAUUUUUUGGUUUUCCUGCCUGUCUUGUUUACAGCUGGGGAGUGAAGUUUGGAGACCAGGGCUACAUCCGGAUGUCACGCAACAACAAAAACCAGUGCGGCAUCGCUCUGUACGGCUGCUACCCCAUCAUGUAGCUUCAAAGGGAACUGCUGUUGUGUUAAAUGUUCGUCUUUUUAUGUGUAAAGUGUUGUUAGAGUUUGAUUCAGUAAUGAUUUUAUAGUUUUAUUGCACUUGUUUUUAACUUUAAUUCGCCUCUGACAACCUGGAGUAAAAACUGGCAAAUCUUGGGACAUUUCACUAUCAUUGAGUCUGACUUAUGUGACUAUCUGCUGUUUUUUUUUAUCUCUGUAAGAGUCUGUAUUUGUAUGAAUUUUGAAUAAAGAGAUGGAUAGAGACCUUACUGAUAUUCACAGACAUACCAGGUGAGGAUCAAUAUAUCGGUUUACUGAUCAUCUGAUUGGUUUAUAGAGGCAAUAAACAAGAGGAUCUGAUUUAUCAGUUUUGUCUGUCUGUGAAAUCUUCCUGAAAGGAUUUCAUUGACUCUUUGGGAAAUUGGCUUGUUGGUCAAUUUAGCCUUUACAUGUUCGACAGAAGAAACUCCAAAAAUCAAUACCCGUGUUUCUGGUAAAUAUCUCAUGUCUUGCACACAUGCUGAUGUAAAAGCAUAUCCUGUACCAGCUGCCUGCAGGCAAAAAGCAUCAUCUUACAUGGGAAGAGAGGCCUUUUGUAUGGUUUUGUUUUAAAUGUAAGACUGGAGCUAGCAGCUAGUUAGCAAGUCUUAGCUUAAAGACUCAGGGUGGAAGCUAUUUAUGACCAAACUUUGAUGGGGAAAGGUGUAGAAAGUUUCUUUGAUGCUUAAGAAGUUGUAUUUAAUUCAUUCAUUUGGCUUGUGUCGAAAAUGAGAUGCAAUUUUACAGUUGGACACUUUAUUUAUUAGCUAGGUACCUAAGCUAAAAAGUUGCUGUAAGCUAAGUUAUCGGGUGUAACUGCUUCUCAUAUCAAUCUCGGACAAGGUCCCUGUAGACUGCAACUUUAUAUUGAGUGGGUAAAUCAAGUUUUAACAGUAUUACAAUGGGUGUCCCUCAAAAUAAUGAGUUUUAUGUAAACAGCACGUAUCAUAACAGACGUUACAGAUGCGACGUAAUGACAAAUUCAUACGGUUUGGGAAGUAAAUAAGGGAAUCAUACACGACUUCCAAUAGGGUCGGUAAAAUAGUCUUAGUAUUUCUGUAGAAACUGCUUAUGAAGACGUCAAUGACAAGGUAAGAAAAUCGUUUCACAGGCAUGGCUGAAACUUGUCUGUUGUUUGGUAAUUCUUCCCAUCACAUUAGAAUAACUUUAAGGACAUCAAUGGUUUGAAUUUGUACAUUUUUAUCGAGUUUUAUUAAAGAGUGCUAUUUUGCAAACCCAAACUAUACUUGGAUGCACUCAUUGUUAAAUCUUUUCAAAAAUAAAAAAUUAAGAAUAUGACUGUUUGAUGAAGCACCAAUGUGGUGUCUAUUUGUAUUGAAGAUCUGUUGUGGAUUAACUUAAAACAAUGAUAUAUAAUCAAAAUACUGCAUAGCUGACUUAAGACCAAAUAUUGAUCUGUACAGACAUCAGUUUUAAAUGAAAAUAAUAAUGAAUCUAACCCCACAUCCUGUGAUUAGCAAUUAUGUAUUUAAAUAUCCUAGUAAAAGAAUAAAUUAUGUCAUAUCCAAAACCAUGGAUGUGAGACAAUCCAACUAUUUUCCAAGUGUAUGUCCGUGAAAAACUUACUCAUCAUUUUUGAGUAAGGAAAAAAUAUGUUUAAGUUUUAUUUUUGUCCAGAGAUUAUUGUACUUUAUGGUAUUAAUAGGUUAUCUUAUAAAAUUCUUGACAUUUUUAGUUACUUGAUAAUCUUUCAUAUCUGAUUGUCAGCCUUCUUGACUAUCCCCUUUUCGCAUGAUACACAAGACCCACAAGUCAGCCAGAAUAAACCAGCAUCACUGUAAGCGUUGUCAUCCAAUUAAGCUCACCCCAGCUUCUUGCUUGUCAAGUCGUGGCCUUGUACUAGCUGUUAUGGGAACAAAUGGAGAAAUAAAACAGCUGAAGUGAGUCGUUUCUUAAGUUUUGUCGAGAAACUAAAGUCAUUUUGAAAAAGCAGUUAUAUAUUGCAGUGUUUUGGAUGACUUCUUCAAAGAAAUAACGUUGCUGCUGGCCUUUAAAAGCCUCCAGAGCUUCUUGCUAACUCCUCCAACAAGGUCAGAAAUGAGUCAACAGAGUUCGGCGUUGGGUUACAAAUGAGUCAUUUUUAUUUUUUUAGUGCAACAUCACAACAAACAAUUUUCACAUGAGGUAUUCAAAGGGAUUUUCUUUAGUUGUUGAUACAAAAUGUCCCACCAUGAUUGACGUUUAAAGUGUUGUGUAUCUUUUUUUAAAGCCUUUGGUUGGUUAGCCACAUUCAUUAGUAAGUCUAACACAUGGACAAGAAUGGCACGAUAAAGCAUGGUGGGUCGAGUCCAAGCUGAGGAAAGUCAGACUCAGUCAAAUAUAAUAUUUCCCUCAGCUCUUCCCCGUUUAAAGCUUUUUGUAUGGAUUUCAUUAAUUCCUACUUACAACAGUGGGAUCAAACAGUAUUUCAACUACACUAAACAUUUUGGAAAAAACAGGGGUGGGAGGGGUGGCUUACAAAUGUGGAAAAAUAGCUUCUGUCUCCUCCGACCUUUUUUUUUAUUUUGGGAUGAGUGCUUGAUUCUUGGGCUUUUCUGUUAUAGCAAGUCACAUGAUUCUAGUCUUCGGAAAACAAGGAAUAGGCAACGUUGAUUACAGCAAGAUCCUCCUUGCUUGGAUUGUCACCUCCUUUUUUUUUUGGUCUUGAGAAUGAUUUUUAGUUAUAUACAGAACAUGGAUCGAUGGGACACUCUAGCAUACUGGACUCUAGCUUUGGCUGGACGGGGGCCUCGUUCGCCCCUGUUGCGGAUUGAUUCCAGCACAUUUGGUUUGGAGUAAAAGGCAUGAAGAAGAGACGGAUGGACAGACAAGAUAGAUAGAUAGAUAGUUAGACAGACACCCUGACAGGAUGGAUUCUUUGGUUAAGGAAUAUCUUUGCCACACAACAUCUCACACAGUUGAGGUAGAUGGGUAAAGUCUUCAUGUACACACAGGGGAGGGGGCAGGGACAGACAGGGGGGACACUGGGGUUUACAGAGUCAAAAGACUUCCAUCUGAAGACACUGCCUCAUGUCAGUUUCUCAGUUCCAGUUCAACAUAAUACUGUUUUAUGUAACAUAAAUAGUCAGCACGCCAAACCCCACUGGUGCUUUUUGAAUCCUCUGAGUGCUACGGUAGCUCUGAUAGGAAACUGCUAAAACUACCCAUGAUACAUUUUGAUUCAGCAGUAACCCAUCAAUCUUUGGUUGUUGUUUAUUUUUUGGUUUAUCAAAAGAAAUUACAUUUUUUUCUGGUCUUUUUUUUCUCUUUUUUUUAUCUGAAAGUAUAUAUUAGCUCUCAGUUCUGCUAUUUCAUUAUUUCCAUUCCCCUCAGAAUUGCUCUGCAUCAUUCUUGGCUUCCAGAUUUGUUUCUGGGUCAAAUUUCUAUUAGAGCCACUAGGGGGUGCCGCAGGCUUGGAUGGCGAUGGAGAUCACACCUGCAGCAGCCUACUGGGCUCACUGCUCCUCCCUCCUGCCUCCCUUCUGUACAGAAAGGGAAGAUCUCUCCUACUUGACAGGAGCAGAAGGUGGCUCAAUACAAAAAGCUCUGUCUCCAUUUUAGGCUCUCAGUCAGAGAGACAAAGAGCAACCUGAAAGGUGUCACCUCAGCUUUGAUACAAUGACAGCAGUAAGCAGGGGUCGGCAGAGGAGCCUCCCAAGUCUUUUAUUUUUUAUUCCCCCUCCCCUGUACUGACUCAACCGCACACCCUCACCAUCACCCCCCUUUGCUCUCAGCAUGCUUACAAUUGUUGCUCAUUAAAGUUUAAUUCAGCUCCAUGCCCCACUACUCCAACACCUCCUAUUCCUCAAACAACCUCCCUCCCACCUAUCCUACACACACACCGCUACCACCAUCCUCAUUCUGGAUGAUUCAGCCUCCUCUCUGAUCUCCCCCGCCCCCUUUGAAUGCCCCCUAAAGCCCACAGGUCUGGCCAAGAGCGGACCCCAGACCAGAUACCCAGAGAGGAGACGGGAUGAAAAAAGCCUGCUCUUUGAAGUCUGCGAAAAAGUCGAUGGCCUCUUUCAUGACCGCUCGUCUUUCAAGUGCACGCUGUGAAGGGGGCCCUGGCAAUCCGCCCCUUCCAAUGGUAAAGUCAGAGAAAGAGAGAAAAAAAGAGAGAGAUAGUCUGUGGAAAACAGCCAAGCCAUCUUCGCCACUCUUUGGCAGCAUUUACACAAGGGUCAGAGACUUGGGUCUUGGGUGAUUUUUCUCCUGAUUUGGGAAUCGACAAAGAAGAAUGCUGACAAUUCAAAUCGCAUGUGCCUGUGCAAAGUUUAACAGACUCCAAAAAUCCUGGAAAAUCCAGAGCAAACCCCCAAAACCCAAGAUGAUCUGGACUGAAUGCAAACACCUUCAGGUGGAAUUUGACAAACCUCAACAUUGGGAGCCUUGCAACAAAGUCAGAGACUCCUGAAAGGUGAUGAAAUGAUACUUAGACCCUUGGAAGUACAAGGGCCAUGUCGGCAAGCCCCACAAUCAAAUCAGGAAAGAAUCCAAGAAAGUGGGAGAUAACUCCUUAGACCCCAGAAGGCCGGGGUCAGUCUCUCUGGCAUCCAGAACAACCAAACCAGAAAGUCCCACAAGAUUAGAAACAAACUCUUUGAACCUUUGUGGGCAAUGGCUACAAGGCCACAAAAUCAAAUCAGAGAUCCACAGAGGACGAGGAACAAUCAAGACAAACCCUCAACCCUUGGAUCCCAAAAUAAAUACCAAGUUCUUUAGAAUUCCUGGAACUUCAACCAAAGGUCCCUGGAAAUGAGCAUCAAUCUGUUAUAACUCUAACAGACCAGGUACAAACCCUAAGACUUUCUGAACCCAAUGAACAAAACUUAAGAUUCAAAAGAGGUUAGUGACACCAAAUUACAAUCACGAAGAUCCAAGAGCUAACCCCAAGACCUUCAGAGCACCAGGCACAUAAUCCUGAGACCCACAGAAAUGAUGGAAACAUCUCAAACAACCCAAAUGACCAAGAACAAAUCCUGCAACCUCCAGAACCCAAGGGACAAAACUUAAGACAAGUGGUACCAACUUAGACUCCCAAAGGUCCAAGAAUAAAACUCUACACCUUCACAACACCAGGCAUGUAAACCCAAGGUCCAGAGAAACUAGAAAGACACAUAAGGUUAUCCAAAAGGCCAGGGACAAACUCAUAAAAUGAUCAGAGUCCAAAGAACAGAAAGUCCUACGAGCGUAACACUGGAAUCAAGGAUCCAGAGAGGAUGAGAAGCAAUCUAGAGAGAAACUAGAGGGCCAGAGUUAAACCCUUGAACCUUUUGAAAGUCUGGGGCUAUCUGAAAUACUGAUAAAACUUGGUAACAUAAACCAAAGAUACCAAGAAAUGAGAAGGACACAAUGUAACCCAAAAGACCCCAGAACCCGGAGGACAAAAACAAACAUCCCAAAAAGUCCUAGAAACCCAAUCAUUAAAUCAGAGAUCCAAAGAGGUUGAGAAGCAAUCCAGAAGGCCAGACACAAACCAUAAGACCCAUAAAUGACUGGAACAGUCCGAAAUACUGACAGAACUUGGAAAAAUAAACCCAAGAACCCCCAGAAAUGGGGAACACAUCUUAAAAAACCCCAGAGGUCCAUGGACAACUCCUAAAACCCCUCUUGGAACUGAGACAACUGGCAGAAGGGCUUGGCAUGAGGUGGACGGUGAGAUCACACUGAGGUGGACAUAGACAGGAGUGUCUGCACUGCGCUGGGGAAGGGGGCUGGUGAGGGACAUGUGGGGGGCCACAACCAUGCAUUUCCCCAGGCAGACACACAGUACGCAUGUUUGCAUGUGACCCUAAAGGACUUGUACUAAAAUGGAGCCUUCAGAUGGCACUUUAAGUGGGUCCCCAGACACUUGAAACACUCUGCCAGAUGGCAUCGGUCUGAACACAACUUUACAAGCAACCUGUGAACCUAUGGGAUGCCACAUCAUAAUUAUUAUUAUUGUUGUUAUUAUUCAUAGUAUUAUUAAUUUUAAAUAUUAUCACAACAUUCAAACAAGCUUUGGCCUUGGCAUUAAGAGCUGACCGCAGAGACAUUUGCAAAAGUAAAGAAAUCCCCCUUAUCCUACAAAAUAAAAAAACAAACAAAAACAAAGGCCAGGCCUCGAAGAUAGAGAGAGAUACGUAACGAGAUACGCGGGUAAGUGGGGCUAGAUCAGGUGGGAUCGGGUACUGGGUUUUAGGGAUUCAGGCCGUACAUUCAGGGAGGCAAUGUUAAUCUUUGGUAUUACGAUGGGAUUCUACAGCUAAAAGUGCCCAUCAGAAAAAGUCUUCAGUUUCACACAGACAUACAGAGCAUUGUUAAAUAAAUACUUACAGUAUAUAGAUAGCAUAAAUAAAUAACCAAAUAAAUAGAGAGAGAAAAGAAAAAAGGAAAACAAUAAAUACACAAAUGCAGUAAUAAAUACAUUGAUCAGAUCAGCAAUUGCAUUUGAAACGUUCUUGGUUUGAUUUAACUAUUGGCUAUAAGGAGGCAUGUUAAAGCCGUUCCUUUGUGGACCAAAAAAUGACCUUGUACGUCAGCAGGGCUGAAACAAACCGCCCCGCACUUCCAACGCGUUAAGAUCUAUAAAUAGAGCGAUGUGCUUGAAAUCUGUACAAAAAGGGCUGAAAGAAUCACAUUCCUCCAUUUUCUAGACAUCUGUAAAAAAAGAUUUCACAAUGGAGUAGUGGUGUUUACAGUAGUUUGGAAAUGAGUGGAAAAAAAUACUACAAUGUCACUAUACAUUGUGUCAGGUGUAUCUCUUCCCCAAAGACCUUUGUGUUCAAAGGUUGUUUUUCUUUUUUUUGGCUUGAUUUGGAGUCAGAAAAUGGCUGUGGAGCUCUCUUUUGGAAGCUCACUGAGAGUCUUAAAGCUAGACAGUUGCACCAAUAAGUCUGUUUUUGCUUCUUGCUUGUGUUUAUUGAUUCUGUCCUGGCGUACAGCGAGAUGCACUGCGGUUCCCCCUUGAAAACUCUGAUUCAUUCAAGGUGGGACCAUCUUCACAAAACACGGGAAAGGCUCCUGUUGAUGGUUAAUGACUGACAGCUGGGAGUCAUGGACGCUACAGAACCCUCCUGAUAAUUCCAGGCUCGGAACUUGGAAAUAAGCCACGCAGUCCUGGGAACCAUCACCAUGGAAACACAUGCUAAGAAAGGGGAAAAGGUUCUUGAGAAAAAAAAAAAAGCCUUUUCUUCCUCUUUCACCUUGAUUCUUGAGGAAAAAAAAGGACCGUAGGAACAGUAGGGGGAAGAUCAACGUCUUUGGAUGAUGGCGAACACUUUUGAUUAAAAGUUACACAAUGGAGCUCUCCAGAUGUGAGCAAACGGCACCUCUUGAUUCUUCACGUUUGGAGAGAUGACUAUAGAUUUGAAGGUACACCAAAAUAUGCUUUCUCCUGAUUUGUAAUACCCUCAUUAUCUCUAAUCUAGAUAAUCAAAAUAAUGCAAUGAGAUGAUGUCUAUGUAAGGGUGUGACUCGUCGUUGAGCCAGAUCAUUUUUGCACCCUUGACUAUACAAGCAGGACCCCUCGUCCUGCGCUCAUAUCACUCUGGGUAUCGCUCCCUUUCAUUUCAAGGGAGCGUUCAACUUUGGUUUGGGAAAAUGCUUCGUCUUCAUAAAAUCAUCUAUAAUAGCUGGCUCCGUCACUCCUUCUGAUAACGAGGAGGACAUUUAUUACGGCUGAUCUCUACCUAGACCAGUCUAUGUGCCCCCUUGCUCCCUCGGUGCCCUCCCCACCGCACCUCCUUGGCGGUUCACCAUCACGCCGUGCUGCAGGACACUGCGGAGGAGGAAACACUGGAGCCCGAGGACCCCGUGGAGGAGGGACGGCCCUCGUCUGCCCACUUGUUGAGGUUGCGUCGGCGGGCGUUCAUGAAGAAGUUGCUGACAGUGGAGAGCUCCAGGCCAAGCUGCUGGGAGAUGGUGACCUGCAGCUCUUUGGUCGGGCGGUGGUUCUCCCUGAAGAUGGCCAGGAGCGUACGCCGCUGCAGGUCCGUGAACACCAGCCUGGUGCGCUUGGGGCCCUGGUUGCGUUCCAGCUUGCUCUGCUCCUGCUCCUUCCGCUUGCAGGCUGCAGGCACACGGAUGAAGGAUAAAUUAAAAAAGGACAGGGGAAACAGGUUAGCUAACAGACUGGCUGCCUAACUAGGACAAAUGGAUUAAGCUGAGGGAAAGUGGAUUUGUUGAAAGAAAACAGAUUAGCUAAGCAACUUUGAUUAGUUAAAAGAGAUGAAUCAGCAACUCGUUUCAUUGUGCAGUGAGGGAAUCAAGAUGUUGAACCCAUCACACCUUAUUGCCAGAGAGCUGCUGUAGGCGGCUGGGAUGAAACAGAUAGCUUACAUCCAGGCCAAAGCUCCUGGUGGUUCUUAUCAGGCUCGUGCAGUGUUUAUAUUAACCAGGGAUUGGCUUUUCAAACAAAUAUACCAUUCUGGAGCUACUGGGAAUAUUUAAGCGUGAAUCGAACGCAGUUGCUAUUUUUACAAAGCAGCAUUUGCUCCAGGUUUCAAAUUUACACUUUGUUUUAUCUGCACCUGUCCACUGCUUUCUCUGUCUUUUGUUAUUCAAAGACAGUUAAACUACUUUCAGACAGCUCCAAUGAAGAAACUGGAAAAAUAAAAUUUGAUAAUUAUCACAUGUACCUUGGAUUGUUCACGAAUCAACCAUCAUUCAAAUACUACCGAAUCAUUACCUAUAGCGAUUAUUAACAUGGAUCGUACUUGAAAUAGUCCAAAAAUAUUUAUUCUUUCAAGAGUAAUGGAUGUCUGCAGAAAAGAAAAUCACAUUUAAAAUGUAUUUUAAUAUUCUGUAAAGGGCCAAUAAAUAAAAAUGUAACAAUUUAAACCAAAAAUCUUAUCUUUUAUUUUAUUUUAUGAAUUCAUUUUUUUAUUCUAAGAGUUGACAGUUAAAUCUUUUAAACUUUCAGAAGACCUUAAAGCUCCAUUUAACUGCUAUGUGCUUAAAAAUAUGACUUUUUCCAUGUUUAUAUGAGUCUAAACUUAAUUAAAUAUAAUGUAAUAAUAACAAUAAUAUCAGUUUAUGUCUCUGUCUGUAUUCUUAUGAGGUUAUUCUGAUGCCCAAACAUGAGCCAAACUCAAAUGAUUGUUUGGUUAAAAUAAAAUCAAACUUCUUCACUUCUACUUUUACAACACUGAAUUUCUAACAUCUUCAAACUUUAUUUUAAAUUAAUGUUAAAUGCUAAAGCUUGCCCCUUUUAAACAGGCCUACAUUAUAUUCUUAUCUCUUAUUCAUACUUUGGUCCUGAGAGGAAGAAGCAGAAGUAAUUAUUUCUUGCUAAAUGAGCUCAGUGUCAGAGCGGGCUGCGAUUCAAGUUUUUAAUCGGCCAUAGAGGUGAUGAAGUCAUCUUGUAUUUUAUUUUUUUAAUGUCAGUCUUGCUUACACCAACCCAAAAAAACCUAACUCGGGGUCUGGGUUAAACACCACUGUAGCAGCGGCAGCCUGCCCAAUUAUAUAAUCAAUAUUUCCUCACGAAAAGUCUGAGAUUUACAAAAAUUACCCUGCAAAAAAAAAAGAAAAAAAAA